ACAACGAGAAGUGUUGCUGUAAUCCAUUGACGAUUAGGAAAAGAAUAUUUUAGCCGACAAUUUUUUGAGAAAAUCGACGCAUCGUAACUUUUAAAGGGGAUUCUUCUAUUUUGAGAAAAACGUGGUUGGGACUCAAUACUGUACGGUGCACAAUUGAGAAAACAAAGUGGAUCAACUCCUGGAUCCUCUCGCCCUCCCGUCGUGAUGUUACAACAUAGGAACCGCCUUUGUUAUCGGUAAAUAGGGGGCGCGUCGAGAAUCCGGAUUGGCUGCAAGGCACGACCUUCCAGUAUAACCAUGGGUAUAUAAGGCCCGACGUGGCCUUCCACAGUCAGUAUUGAGUUAGCAUUAGAACUGUUCGCACCACAUCUUCGCCCCAACCGAAAUGGUACAAUCAGUAAAAAUGCAAGUCUCAAUGAAAUCAACAUCGUUUUUGAUCAGCUCCCUCAUCCCGGAAAGUGUAAAAGAUGAGAGAAUAGCCCAAAUACCAUCACCAGUGUCAGAUAUAAGUGAUAGCAGCGAUUUAGAUGUUACCACAACUCCACCGCCAUUGGAUUGCAGCAACAAAUCUGGAGAUGAAAAGGAAGAAGACAAAGCGAAAAAAUCGAAAGAUAAGCCGCCGUACAGUUACAACGCGUUGAUCAUGAUGGCCAUCAGGAAUAGCGAUGAACAACGACUAACAUUGAACGGAAUCUACGAGUACAUCAUGUCGAAUUUCCCAUACUACAGAGAAAAUAAACAAGGAUGGCAAAAUUCUAUAAGACAUAAUUUGAGUUUGAAUAAAUGCUUCGUGAAAGUUCCGCGACACUACGACGAUCCUGGAAAAGGAAACUACUGGAUGCUCGAUCCAUCUGCGGAAGACGUCUUCAUCGGUGGUACUACUGGAAAGCUUCGACGACGAACAACACCGGCAUCGCGCUCUCGCAUGGUCCCCUUCAAACGUUCCAUGGUGUUCUCCUCCUACCCAACCCCAUACCAACCCUACAACCCCAUGAUGGGACUUUACCAAAAUCAAGCGGUAAUAGCUUCUAUGUACAAUAGAUACAGUCCACCAUUCCAACCCAUGACGAUGGUCCCGAAACCCCAUCAUUUCCCAUCUACAUACAUUGCUCCCCAGUACGAAAUUUUCCAUGGAAUCACGAUGCCGACGCAACAGUAUCCCAUGCUAAACCAAACCAUGGCGCUGUCGCCAGUCAGCAGUUCGGGUAGUCCGGAACCCAAACCGGUCGACAUCUUUAAACCAUUGGCAGUCCUCACUCGACCCAAUUGAUUUAAUAUGUUACCUAAUUCAGCUAAAGCUCAUUGUGAUCUCUUUAUUUAAUUUAUAUUUAACCAAAAAAUUGAUUUUUUUGUAAAUUUGUACAUAAUUCCUG